UAGUAAGUUAAGAGGCUUUUUCACGAGCAUGUUAUUAAAAAAACCAAACAAGCCGUUUGUCAAAUGGUAUAUUUUUUGCUAAUGACCUUAGAUUUUAUUGUUAACUAAUAAUUUUGAAGGUCACCAACUUCAUGAAUAUAUAUUUCACUGUAUAACUUUAUAUUGAAAGCCAUUACAUUACAUUACGUGGAAAACCGUUUUGAAAGACUAAUAAGAGUUUAAUAUGAAAGAAUUAUCAACAUUUCAAACAGACGAAAAAGGCUCGAAAGAGACCUCUUACCAAGAAAUGAAUAAUUAUUAUUCGCUGUCGAAAACUGAAAAAGGACAAACGAAAGAGAUUGCUUAUGCAGAAAUGCCAAUUGAAGAGGCAAACCAAAUUGAAAUAGAUACGUGCCCUGAUGAUCAUAUAAGUAUCGACGACCUAUUGAAAUUUUCAUGUAAAAAUCAAUGUCCUAAAGAAUACUACAAUUAUAAAAAAUGUGACUCCAGAUUUUCAAAUGCUCUGAGCGAUCAUAACUAUACUUCACAAGAGGUAAUAGAUCAACCUAAAUUAAAAAUGGUUCGAGACUUACUUCUCAAUGUAGUUGAACCCAAUAGCUCCACAGAGAUCGAUAUUCCAAAACAUUUUUGGAAUUUUCUUAAGAAUACCAUUAACGUCUUAAACUUAUACAAGAUAGUGUAUAAAGAUAAUAAAAAUAUACAUUUAAACCAAUUUCAAAAAAUUUCCACCACAGAUAGUUCCCAAAAUCGGAAUACAGAAGGUAUUAGGGAAAAAUUUUCGGAGCCUUUAGAACUUAAUCUAAAUGACAAUUAUUUUAUUAAUGAAUAUAAGGACUUUGAAAACCAAAAUGCUUUAAGUCCUUUAUUAAAAAGCACAAUGCAUUUUGCCAAACAACUAUACUACGAAAGUAUGAGUUUACCAUUGAAAACUGAAGAUGAAUUGAAAAACUUUAUAAGUGAAAAAAUAACAAAACUUCAAGAAAUUGCUAUUGGCGGAUGUGUCGUAAAAAAUAAAUCGACAGAUGUCAAAUCAAAACAUUCAAUGAAUAGGUAUCAAACCAAUAUUGAUCCCAACAUGAAUCUUCUUUCGACAACAUCUGGAUCUUCGGAUACCGAUAUUGAUUUCGAAAGCAGCUGUGACCAACUGAAAAUAGAGUCAUCUUGUGGAAAAAGUAUGGUGCUUUGCGUAGAAUCGCAUAGAAGCUUAUCUACUAAAAUUCGAAAUAUACAUGAACAUUUUUAUGAUAAUAUUGAUCUGUGCAGCUAUAUAAAACUGGAUAUAAUUAGCAAGACACCUAGCAAAAUAUUUGACGAUCAUUGUAAACAUAAAUAUUCUUGUUUGACGGACAACGAUACUGAUAAAGAAAUCGAAAGAUUGAUAAAUUUAAACGUGCUAAGCAAGCGCAAACGCCAAAAAACUCAAAUUCAGCCUAAAAACAAGAUUUUCGAUAAAUCGUUGGAGAGAAGUGAAGUCAAAUCAGUUCCUGCCUUAGAAGAUGAAUUGGAUACAAAUGAAAGUGAACCGAUCUUUGAUAUGGAAAAAAAUACAAUAACGGAAGACGAAUUUAUAUCACGCUACAAUGAAGAAAUUAAGCUUCAACUUUUAAAAGACUCAAAUAGUGACUCUGGGUUAUCAAAUAAAAGCAACUACGGAAAUUCAAAAGAUUCAGCAUCUGAUGUAGAUGAUUUCAUGACAAAUAUUGUUGAUAAAUUUCUUCAUGCUUUUGAAUCUGAUAAAAAUCUGUCUGGUUCCGUCCAAAACAACAAAAACUUCAAUGCAUUCAAAGCCGAAGUUAGUUUUAACUCAGAUUCUUUUAUAAACAGGGGCAGUCUGAAGACGUCAAAGAUUUACUCUUGUUCUGAACUGAACCCAUCAAUCAUACUCAGUUCUGAAAGUGAUGAUUCAGACAUUGAACAUAAAGUUAAACAAUCCAGGUUUAUCAAACCGAUGCUUCGAAUCGACCAACUGGCUAUUGAGACAAGAGCAGCACAGAAAAAUGAAAGCGAAAGAAUUCGAAGACUGGAAAAAAAAAAUUCGGAACUUUCAAAAGCCCUUAAAACCCGUACUUCAAUUAUAAAUAAAAAUGAUCUAAUACUAGAUUAUAUUGAAAUCACUAAAACUUUUGUUGCAGUUGAUGAAGAUAUAGUCAAGCAAUUAAAGCCUCAUCAAAAAGACGGUGUUAAAUUUAUGUACGAUUCAUGUUAUGGUGGCACAGAUCAGAAUAAUAAGAAUUCAGGAUCGGGUUGCAUAUUAGCCCAUUGCAUGGGUCUAGGAAAGACACUUCAGUUAAUUACCCUACUACAUACGGUGAUAUCUUAUGAGGAAUUAAAUACUUACAAAAUAAUGGUACUUUGCCCAAAGAGUACGGUCAUGAAUUGGGCUGAUGAAUUUCACCGCUGGCUAAGUCCAUUAAAAAGUAAUAAAAAUAUAAAGGUUUUCAUAUUCCCGGACGCAUCUGAUAUUUCCGAAAAGCUGAGGGUACUUAAGGAAUGGUCGUUAUCUUCGAAAGAAAAAGCCGGUUGCUUACUACUGGGCUAUGAAGCUUUUCGAGCCCUUGUAUUUUAUCACUCAUAUAAAUAUAAAGGAUCCGGGACGACUUCAAAAUCAGAAAAUAUUCGUGAUAAAGUAAAAAAAUAUCUCCUACAGCCUGGUGCCGAUAUAGUAGUUUGUGAUGAAGGUCACAUUAUUAAAAACAGCAAAUCUGCCAUUAGCCUUGCCGUUGCGAAAAUAAAAACCCCAAAACGCAUAAUAUUAACUGGAACUCCAAUACAAAAUAAUCUAAAGGAAUAUUAUAGUAUGGUUAACUUCAUAAAACCAUUGUACCUUGGAACUGAGAGGGAGUUCGCUAAUUUGUAUGCAAAUCCUAUAAAAAAUGGUCAGCAUAAAGACUCAAGUAAAAAGGAUAUUACCAUAAUGAAGCAACGAUCUUAUGUGCUACACAAAAACUAUCUAAAUUUGUUCAGAGAAAAGAAGCCCAAUUACUUAAAUCAUUUUUACCACAGAAAUAUGAAUAUGUUUUAUUUAUUCCAAUGACGUCA